GUUGCACGCCAGCCGCCUUUGAGCUAGCACCAGACCCGCGUCACUGGUGGGUCGUCGUAACCUCGGCACUGUGACGCACACACACACACACACUCGCUGGAACAUUCAACUCUGGUUGAAGAGGAAUCGUCGUGAAGUGAUUACAGUGAUCUCCCGUCACCGGAGGAAUUUUAAACGAUAUACAGUGCUCCGUGAAUGAGUCCAUCACCCGGAAGAUUUGGAUCGUAUCAGUUUAUUUCGAUUUUCUUAUUUUAUUCUGUUGGGAAUUUCGAAAAAUUUUGUAUUCCAUCUCGAUGACAUGCCAGUGGAGUGUUGCCUUGCCCAACGGAUUGCAAGAAUGCGGUGGAGGUGAAGAGAAUAAUAAUUGUGAUUCUCCGUUGUUUUGAGUUGAUGUUGACAGAUUUUGGUGAACUCAUAAUAACCCCUUCCUCGAAAGUGUCCCUUUUUGAGUUCUGUGUCAGACCUUCGCCACUUGUGACCUGUGACCCGCAUGUCGCCAGCAGGUCAGGCAGUGGCAGUGUAGUGACCUAAGUAGUGGGAAGAGGAAAUUCUAGUGGAUAGACGGACUGUUAAAAGGCUGAAUGCGAGCCAUGACAGACUUGGACACUAGCGCCGCUGUCGUCUGGCCAAAGUGGUGUUAUUCUAGUAAGUCAGCUUGGUAUCAUUCCCGCAACCAAGGAGAGAGUGAGGGCGCCCAGGACCUGGCUCUCAACAACAACAACACGCCCAUCACUAAAGACAAAGAACACGCUGCGGCUGCAGCUGCCGCCAACGCCGCCGCCGCCGCAGCGUACGGAGCCAAGGGCCGGAAGAAGAUCCGAAGGGAGGUGCCGAACGGCAUCCGACCGGAGGAGAAGAUGCACUCGGACUCCACGAACGACGUCAAAUCGGAAAGACUGUCACCUGACCCGGGGAGCGACGCCCCCACCGCUGCCCAUGCGACUCCGAGCCCGUCGGUGUCCCCCAAGUCGCCCGCCUCUCACCGCACCCGAACCCCGUCGUUCCCUGGCACGCCCCCAAAUCCAGCCUUUACACCACCUGCCGCCCUCCCUACCGCCUACGACCGAUUCAGUCCAGCGGCGUUAGGCGGGGUGGGCGGAGUGGGCGGUUUACCCGGAGGGCCAGGAGCGAUCAAGCAGAUGGAAUCCCUCAUGAACAGAAACUGCUCCGACCUCAUGAGAUCUUUGGCAGCAAAAUAUAACAACAGCAACCCUAACGAUUACUUCAGCAGCCCCAACAACGGUUUUCUGCGGAGUCCGCUAGGGGGACUAACAGGAUUCAAACCUGGAUCAGCCCCCUUCUUGGGGGUUCCAGCGCCCCCAACGUCCUCUGGUCCAGUCAAGGAUACUGCGGACAAAAAAGUCGACAAUGUUCCUGUCUCAACGACUUCGGCGCCAGGAGGGAUGCCGCCCAUGCCCCACCCGGGGGCGCCUCCCAUGUUUCCUGGGACGGGCAUUCCCGGUUUCCCCGCAUUCCCACUCGUCGAAAUCUCCUCCAGUCAAGUUCUCCUCAAUAUGGUCCGGAACGCCUCGGCGGCACAACAGUCGCAAUUGGAGAACUACUUGAGAGGGGCCAUGAAGCGGCCGGCUGACGCGCCCACCUCCCCUCUCGACCUCUCCGCCUCAGUCACCACCAAGAGACCUCGCACAGAUCCUCCCAAGUCCUUCGACGUCAAAACCUUAUUCGGUCUCCAGCAGGAGGAGGAGAAGAAGACCGAACCCAAAAGUCACACCACAACGACCACCCGGUCGCCCACGCCUCCCAAGCCGAGGCCCACGCCUUCGCCGGGCAAUCACAAAUCACCCACGCCAUGUUCGGAUAAGAACUGCCCUUCGCUGGAGACCAUCGGUCACUGGACGGUGGAUGAUGUGUGCUCCUUCGUCGCUAGUAUAGAGCUGUGCUCAGAAUAUGCAGAGGCAUUCCGUGAGCAGCGCAUCGACGGCUCCGCGCUCCCUCUGCUGACGGAGGAGCACCUCACCUCCAGUAUCAACAUGAAGCUCGGUCCCGCCCUCAAACUGCGGUCUGUUCUCGCCCGGCGGCUGGGCGCAUGCAAUGUCUGCCUCCACUGCGAUCACUGUCACACGCAGACGCAGGAACGAAGGCCUGGAUCGGCCUCUUCGGGGCAAUAAUGUAAGCGAAGGACACCACCCACUUCUCUCUCUCAAGUCUUGGACGUUUCAAAGGGCACUUCUCGAAGAAAAGACGACGUUCCCUGGAAGAAAGUCCGUCGCCCUGAAAGUGAUUCCUCCGUUGCGGGCAUCAUUCUUCAAAAGUCCUCUGUGUGUUGUGUUGUACCUCACCUAAUGUGUCGAAUAAGAUGGCCUUCUUUGUUACAUUCCAUGUGAAAGUUUAUGCGAAAAUGUUCUGUACAUCCCAUCAUGAUAAGAUAUCGAAAGAGACAUACGUACAUGUAUUAGGAAGUCGACGAGAACAAUACUGAUGAGCAAUUGCUUAAGCUUUAGAUGAUGUCUGUGUUAACUGGUUAUCGUUAGGAAUGUUCAUUUCCUUAUUUGGUUGGUAUUUUAGAAUACGUUUUUCUCUCACGGUACCUGAAAGUCACUCGUCACUAUCUAUGAACAACAGUGUUAGAAUCAUUGUCAAAAUUCACUGGGUCUCAAAUACCAGGUGUUUGAUGAAGGGUGAUGACAAGACUUAAUUAAUCCAUCCAAAAAAACACAUGCUAGUAAUCACAAGUAAUGUCAAGAUUGGAUGUAAACGGUUCAAGGGAGUUGUACCAUUCCUGAAUAUUGUGUGAGUUUAGGCUUUGAGCCUCUUACUAGAAAAUCCUUAGCACUUAGAUACUAAAAAUCUCUUUAUUAAGUGUCAGUCCUUUGCAAGGACAUGAAAGAAAGGUGCUCUUUCCUGUAGAUUUUGACAGACAAAACUGUAGUUGCCGUUGCUUAGUCGACCAGUGAGACAAAACAAUAGCUUAUUUCUAGUGAGAGGAAAAGGCUUGAAAAAGCUUCAGCCUCCACAAGAGCUAAGCUUAGGUAUACUGUAGGUGCAUUAAUACAAGAGGCAUGCGCUUAAUAGGGCCAUAUUCUGAAAUAUCACUUCAAUCUUUGUUGAAUCUGAUCAUUAUUAUUAUAUAAAACUUUCACGAAUCAUUCGGAUGUAGAUAUAAAACGUUUUAAAAAGUGGCUUUAAUUUCUUAGAGAACACAAUAAACUGAUUCACUCCACCAUUUUCCUUCCUGAAACGUUCAGCUUUUCCGCAGCGUUGUGUUGGAUAUUUCCAUGACUAUGCGUCUCCGCAUCGGGUAAUCUGACGACCAAAUUCAAGUCUGAAUGAUUGAACAACUUUUCCUUGCGCGUAUUUAUUUUCCUUCUCCUUUUUGAGGCUAUUUUAAGUGAGAUUUCAGAAUGUGGAGCUGCUCUGUGCUUCCAGACUCGAAGAGGUGAUCGCCCCUCACGAGUCCCCAAAAGACAAAACUCGCUCAAGAAUAAACAAGUCAUAGUUUUUUUUAAAUACAUUUUUUGUUAAUUUUGUUUGUUUUUUAAUUUCGUUGUACAAUCAUUCCACACAAAUUAUGUACAUUUGCAAAGAAUACCUCACAGGCUAGUUGUUUGUUUUUGUGCUGUAAACAUGCAUUGCAACUAAAUGUUUCUUUUUAGACACUGCAAAUGAAAACAUAAAAAAAAAUGAUAAAAAAAGCUAACAAAGAGAAUGAGAGACUUCGUAGAGUUUAUUAUGGAGCGCCUGAGCUCUGGGUAGUUUUUGAGAGGGGAACAUGAUCCUACCUACGGUGGUUGUUAAACCCUUAGCUGUGAUUGUAUCCAUGUUUGUCUUUUAAACUCCCAUUCAUUAGAGGAAUACUUACGUACAUUUCCCCUUUCAAAUCCGACCUUCGUUAACCCAAAGAUUAUCCAUAAGUCCGCCUUUUUUUAAUUCUUAAAGUCAUUUUGAUGGUAGGUGCAUAGAGAUGGUUCAGUAUUUAUUUUGUCUAUUAUUUUUUUUAUUACACGAUAACUAAAUGUGUAAUUACUGGGUAGUCUGUAUAUAAUUGUUGAUAUGUUUAUGAAUACCACCUCCGAGUCGCGUGGGGCCACUGUAAGUCAUCUUUAAUUCUUUUUUAACUUAAGUUUCCAAAGUUCAUGGUCAUUUUUGGUAAACGUAGCCACAAUUCAGUAGGUUCACUAACAAGGCCGCUGGACAGACGGUAGUUAACAGCGAACAGAAAAAAUAAACUACGAUCGUUACUACGUUUAGGCAUAGGCACUGAUAAGAAAAAAAAAUCAAUAAACAAUCUUCCAAGACGUACAAUGAACGUUGAAAAUUAUUCCCAUGAUAAAAACCAGACGAUAAAGAGUAAUAUUUCCACGUCUGUUACCUAAAUCUCGUAAGUUCCUCCUUCUGAAGGAACAUGAUCUCCACAGUUGCCAUUUCAACCACCCCUGCCCGCCCCAAAACAAAAAUAGGGAGGGUGGGGGAGCAUAGAAGAUGACCAAAAUGAGACUUCGCAACUACCGUCUGCUAUGAGAGGUCGAAUCGCGCUUCAUUAGUCAUGUUACUCAUUAGUUUUCCCUUUGCCAUUUAUUCCAUUAAUUAGUUUUCCCUUUGCCAUUUAUUCCAUUAUUAUUCUUCAUCAUCGUCUUUCAUCACAUGAACUAGAUCUUCCCGUCAUCCACCCAUUGUGUUAAUAGACUCUGUUCAGAAUGUCGCUGUACAUAAGACAAAACUUAAGAGUUAAAUCUUUUUUUUAUCUAUAUUAAUAAAUAAAAAAGAACCCGGUGGUAUGCUAGAGAGGCUUGGUGAGCAACAAAACGUCAAAAGCAAAACGUGCAGCUGAUGCCAUCGAAAGCAGGCGGAAAAGCUGCUUCUGCUGCUGGUGCUGGUGCUGGUGUUAAUCACUAGCCAAUCAUAACUUGUCUCUGGAAUGUCUUCCCGGAGACUGGAAGUUAUGAUUGGCCAGUUAUUAGCACCGGUAGCUAAUAACUGGCUUAAGGGAAUUUUUGAAGGCAUCAGACGGCGGUCGAAACUGACGUCAGAAUCUCGCGCAGGAUUUCGAACGUUAAUGAACGUACCACUAUUCGACUUCAGGAAUCGUCGGUCUCUCGGCCACUUUUGUCCUCCCAGUCGAACUAGCUCUGAAGGGCCUGCAGGGUCGGGUGUAAGCAAUAACAUAUAUAUAUAAAUAAAUAUACAAAUGAUUUACGUGCGAGUUGAUGGAACUCUAAAGUUGAAAAUAUAUUUUGUUUGUUUAUAUUAUUUUCUAUUGGGAUGGCUUGUACUACACCACACACCAUAUUGUAAAUAUCAUAACACCAAAAUAAAGAAGAGAAAGAUGA